AUGUCAUCAUCAUCAUCUCCUCCUAAGGAAGUAGUACUCCUAAUGGAAGUUCUCAAUCUGUUUGCUAAACCAAACUUGUUUCAACCUAAAGUUGAAUCUACGAGAAUAUCCUUUGGUAACAAUUGUAAUGUUUAUGCGUAUGUUUUGUUUAAUGUGAUAUACCAUCGUCACAUGGGGCGUCCAUUUUACUGGCUUCUAGUCUGA